AUGGCGAAGCUUACCCACCAGGAGUGGAGCAAGGUGGUGAUCGUGGCGGGCAUCGGCACAAUUCUCGAGUGGGUGAGUGCCGCAGAGGAGUGCUGCGAGCCAGCAGCGGAGUGGGAUUUGACUUCUACAUCUGUGAGCUCGCGCUACGCCCAGCUGACCUCCACCCUCAAGACCGUCUUCUUCCCAAAGACCAACCCCACUGCCCAGACGCUGCUGUGGUGGGCGGUCUACGCGGUGGGCUUUGUGGUGCGCCCGCUGGGCGCGCUGCUGUUUGGCCACAUCGGCGACACGUAUGGGCGCAACAACACGCUGCGCAUCGCCAUCAUCUGCAUGGCCGUGCCCACCGUGGUCAUCGGCUGCCUCCCCACCUACUCCAUCGGCCCCUACACUGCCGGCCUGGCCGCCCCCAUCCUCCUUACCAUCUUCCGCCUGCUCCAGGGCCUGGCCAUGGGCGGCGAGUUUGGCCCCGCCAUCAUUUACAUCUCAGAGCUGGCGCCGGUGGCGUGGCGCGGCCGCCUGGUGGCCAUCCUCCAGAUGGCGGUGAAUGUGGGCAUGAUCCUGGCCACCCUGCUGGUGAUGCUGCUGGAAAACACCCUGGACACAUACCAGAUGCAGGUGUGGGGCUGGCGCAUCCCCUUCCUGCUCGCCUUUGGCACCGCGCUGCUGGGCUACUGGAUGCGGCUGGGCAUGCCUGAGCCCAAGGCCUUCCUGGCGGCUGCCCGGGCCGAGAAGGAAGCCGACACGAAGGUGGCCAUGGUGGACGGCGAGGGCGGUGCCGUCGGUACCGUCGAGUGCGACAUCACCACCGCACCCUCCGCCAAGAGCCUGGCCACCUUCAAGGACGGCUCCAGCGAGAGCGCCUCCGUGGCCGGCUCCGACGACCUUUCUUCCCUGGCCGAGGAGGCCUUUGAUGCCGAGAAGGAGGAGGGCGUGCUGACCCGCUUCCACGGCCACCACAAGUCAAAGUUCCCCAUCCUACGCCUGCUCAUGAACAGCUGGGCGGGGUGGGUGUGCCAGGUGGCCUACAUGGCAUGGGUGUCUGCCGCCUUCUACGCCUCCGUCACCUGGCUGCCCGCGCAGCUGCGCGACGCGGGCCUCAAGCCCAUCGUGUCCCAGGGCAUCAUCAUCGUGUCCAUGCUCUCCAACGCCGCUGGCCUCUUUGCCUGCGGCACCGCGUUUGACAAGGGGUUCAAGGCCAUCUGGAUCAACUUCCUGGUGACCCUGGUGGGCAUGACCAUGGGCUUUGGCAUCUACCGCGGCGUGUGGAGCUCCGCCGCCGCCUUGGACGUCGCCUCCCUGGCCUGCUGGUUCCUCAUCCCGCUGUUCCAGCUGGUGGUGGGUGUGGCCAUGGCCUCGGUGGUGCUGCCCGCCACCCGCAUCUACGCCCCCCUGGAGCGCACCACCGGCUUUAGCUUCGGGUACAACGUCGGGUACGGCGUGAUUGGCGGCAUCACGCCCUUUGUGGUUUCUGCCAUCAUCGACGACAUGCCCGCAGACAUCAAGGCGCUGGCGCCCCCCAUCUGGCUCGUCUCCCUGGGCGCCCUGUCCCUGCUGGGCUGCGCCCUGCUGCGCGGCUACGCGUCUCGCCUCAACAAGGCCUAUGUGGGGCGCAUCGAGUGA